GACAGAGGAAGAUCAUUUACCUAGAUUUCUCCAACCCGCUGAGAUUGCCUGUUUACAACAAUGGAUCAAUUGUUGUUCCUCCUGUGCUGUUCCGUGCUUAUGCCUCCAACAGCCCUUUCACCAUUAUACUUAAUCACUGCCCCCAACAUUAUUCAUGUUGGGGUGCCAGAGACUAUUGCCAUUCAAUUGGAUGGAAUAGAAAAGUCUGUCAAAAUGAAAGUUUACUUAUUUGACAUUAAUACAUACACACGUUGUUCGGAUGAAGUUGAAUUUGAACUAAACGCUAAGAAUGAUUAUUGUGACUAUAAAGAUAUAGUGGCUCUUCCUCGUCGCAUCAAGGAGGCUAAAAUUUGGUCACGUCGAACCAAGUACAUUAAUCUCGUUGUUCAAUGUCCAGAACUGUUUACAGAAAGGAGAAUGGUCCCAAUCCUGCUGUCAUCUAAAAAGGGUUAUAUAUUCAUUCAGACGGACAAACCAAUAUACACCCCCAAUGAAAAUGUUCAGUUCCGGAUCUUUACUCUCGAUCGUUAUAUGCGACCAGUGGAUGAGACUAUAAAAAUAACUACAUACAACUCUAGAGACAUGCGGUUUCCCAGCUACUUAUUAAACUCAAAAUACGGACUGUUCCAGAAGCUAAAGAUUCCGGGUAUCGCAAAGCCUGGCAUCUGGCGCAUUGAGGCACAGUUUGACGAUUCACCAAUGUCCAUGGCAUCCGCACAAUUUGAGGUCAAGGAAUUUGUUCUCCCCAGUUUCAGUGUCGUGGUGAAUCUGGAACAUGCGUUUUACCUGGUAACAAAGGCUGAAUUCAAAUUUGAUAUCUCGGCACAACACACGUAUGGCAAGGGAGUGGAAGGAAUGGCAUAUGUGAGAUUUGGAAUUAUAGACGGCAUGCAGAAUAAAACCUACAUUCGCGGUCUGGAACAGCAACUGCAGAUCAAGCGUGGAUCCGUUGAAUCUUCACUGAUAACUGCAACUCUGGAAAAAAAACUCAAAAAUUUGGGAAGAAUGACUGACUUUGUGGGGUACCAUCUAUACAUGGCAGUAACAGUUUUUGAAACAGCCAGUGGGGAAAUGGAAGAGUCCGAAGUCAAAAAUGUUAAGCUUGUUUCCUCGCCGUACGUAAUCGAUUUGUCAAAAACAAGAGACUACUUCAUACCACGAUUUCCAUUCUAUGUGCUGGCCAAGGUAACAUACCCUGAUGGAACACCUGCCUCGGGUGUUCCUGUUAGGUUGGAAGGAACAAUGCCAAAAAAUACAAUGGAAAAUGGACAGGCCGAGUUCGUAAUACAAAAACUGGCUGACAAGGAAGAUUCUUUCAACAUUAAGGUGAUAGCUGGGGAUGGAGCAGAAACCACUGAAGCGAACAAAAAUGUGAGCAGUUACCAUUCCAACAACAAGAGAUAUCUCAACAUCAAUGUGCCACGAGAUGUUAUAGAUCCAAGUAGCUCAAUUUUGGCAGAAGUACAAUCAGACUCUACUCCAGACAGUCAAGAUAGCAAACAUUACUACUACAUUGCUACUAGCAAAGGCAAAAUUCUUAAAAUGGGUAAAGCUCUGAAAGGGGAUUUCGUAAAAAUCCCCAUCCAACUGAGUACAGCCAUGGUUCCUGCGUUCCGGCUAGUCACCUACUAUUACGCCAAUAUCGAGGGCAAUACGGAGAUGGUGGCCAAUUCUGCCUGGAUUGAUGUGAAGGAUGUCUGUGAAGGCAAGAUUACAAUAAAAGAUAUGCCCAAUACAUACAGACCAGGAUCGGAGGUCAGUCUGCAUAUUAAAACUGAAGACCAAGGCAAACUGUCCCUGGGCAUUGUGGAUACAGCAGCCUAUGUUCUCAAUAGCAAGAACAGACUCAAACCCGUGAAAGUCUUUGAGGAGAUGAAUUCUUAUGACCUUGGAUGCACUUAUGGAGGUGGUGCUAACAGUGUUGGUGUUUUCAUGGAUGCUGGGCUGACGUUUAUUUCCAAUGUUCACACGUCGGAAAUUCGAACUGGAUAUUCCUGCAAAACAGAUAACAAAAGGAUGAAAAGAUCAUUGGACAUUCAACAACAGUAUAUGGGAAAAGCAAACCAAUAUAACAACAAUCUAAAGAAGUGCUGCAUGGAUGGAUUAACGUUAAUUCCAAUGAAACGUAGCUGUAAAGAUCGGGCAGUUCGUAUCAAAGAUGAUGAAUGCAGAAAGGUUUUCCUCACUUGCUGUGACUUUGGCGUGGAGCAGAGGAAGAACCAGUCACAGAAACUCAAUACAAUCGGAAGACAGAUAGGAGAUAACGAGGAUGAUGUCUUUGAUGAGCACAGUGUCAAUAUUCGCAGCUAUUUUCCACAGAGUUGGCACUGGAAAACAUAUUCUGGCACACAUGCAGGAGAGAACCAGUUUAAUGUUGUCCUCCCUGAUUCAAUAACAACAUGGGAAGUUCAGGCGGUUGGCAUGUUUAACAAUAAAGGUUUUUGUGUUGCUGAGCCAAAGACAAUAAAAGUGUUCAAGGAGUUCUUCAUAUCUUUGCGGCUACCGUAUUCAGUCAAAAGAAAUGAGCAACUGGAAGUGAGGGCAAUAUUGUACAACUACCACCACGAUGAAAUUCAGGUGAAAGUAUAUAUGAAGCCCGUGGAUAAUCUUUGCAGCCCUGCCACAGGCAGGAAUCAAGAAAGAAAUGUGACAGUUCAGGCAAAGUCAGCCAUUUCUGUGUAUUUCUCUGUGGUUCCUCUAACCAUUGGCGACAUACCCAUCACAGUAGCUGCAUACAGAACUGGCUUCUCAAAAAUAAGUGAUGUUGUUACAAAGAAACUGAAAGUGUUGGGGGAGGGUGUCUUGAAGACAGAAGAGCAAAGUAUUUCCAUUGAUCCACGUGGCAAGUAUUGCAUUCCAUUUAGAAAGCGAUUUCAUGUUGAAAGGCAACAGAACUCGAGGAGUUCCUAUCAAGUGCUCGAAGCUAAACCUCCCAACAUGGUUCCAGACACCAAGUCUUACCUUUAUAUCCGUGCAAGAGGUCACGUGAUGGGAGAAACUGUGGAAAACAGCCUAUCGCCAGAAGGAAUCGACAAGCUGAUUCAAUUACCAACAGGGUGCACUGAGCAAACAACAUCUAAAUUGGCCCCAACUGUGUUUGCUGUAAAUUACCUCGACAAAAGUGACCAAUGGUUAUAUCUAAGACCAGAGUUAAAGGAUGACGCACUCAGCCAUAUUAGAGCAGGGUACAAAAGGAUAUUAGAACAUAAAAGUGCUAUCGGGGCGUAUGGAAGUUUCAACGAUUACCCUGGCAGCACGUGGUUAACCGCAUUCAUUGUUAAGAUACUAUCAAUAGCUAGUACUCAGGUCGAGGUUAAAGAAGACAGCGUUCAAGACUCCGUCUCGUUUUUGCUGCAGAGUCAGACCCCAGCUGGAGAGUUUUACGAUGCCUUUCCCAUGUUUCCAACUUUACAGGCUGGAAUUAAGGAAGAAAGCGCGAAAGUUCCGACGACAGCCUUUGUCGCAAUAGCACUGAUGAGAUCCCGGGUUUUCUUUCACGAAGGCCUUGAAAUCCGAAAACAUGUGGAUGCAAACAUUUCCAAAGCAAUUGAAUACCUUUCUGGGGAGCUUGCCAAUAUUGAGCGCCCAUACUCAUUGAUCAUCACCGCGUAUGCCCUUGCAUUGUUUGACCCUGAAAGCUCGGCUGCUCGUGAGGCUGACGAGAAAUUGAAAGCGAUAGCCAUGUACGAUCAAGAGAACGCUGUCCGUUUUUGGGAUGACGAAGGAGCACCUCACAGUGGAGGAACUGGGCAGCCAGGAAGAGGUCAAGCGUCGGCUGUGAAUGUGGAGACCACAGCUUAUGCAUUGCUUCAGACGCUGGCUAUGAAAGACCUGCAGUAUGCCAAGCCUAUCGUCAAAUGGCUCACAGAGCAGCGGAGCUUCGGUGGAGGAUACCGUUCGACGCAGGAUACAGUGGUUGCCCUGGAAGCUCUGUCGGAAUACAGCAUCGCUACUUUUCAGCCUGAGCAGUUAGACCUGCAUUUCACAUUCAGCCAUCCAAAACAGAAAUCGAAACAAGUCCUCAAUGUACAGCAGAGGAAUGCCCUGCUCCAGGAUGAGUUAAAGUUUCCAUUUGGAUACAACAUUAGCAUCGAAGUUAAGGGCAAAGGAACUGGAACGCUUACUUUUCUGAAGUCGUACCUACUGCUAUCAGAGCCAAAGAACACGUGUGACUAUUUCAGGCUUGAGGUCAUGGUGAAAGGGAAGGUGGAGUAUGAGGCUCCAGAAUACAACUACGAAGAUUAUGACAAGCUCAUGCCAGCCGAUCAACCCCUGAGCGAAAUCGACUGGUUUGAUCUUCGAUCCCGGGCAAGGAGACAGGCCCCAGAUCCUGAGGAAGACAGAACAAUUUAUUAUGAAGUUUGUGCAUGGCAUGAGCCGGACAAGAACCGGAGGGCGUCUGGAAUGGCCAUUGUGGACAUUUCGCUACUCAGUGGGUUCGAACCAAAAGCUGCCGAUUUGAAUAAGCUAAAAACACUUGUAGAUCGCUACAUCAAUGAAUAUGAGUUCAAGGAUGGGAGAGUGCUCCUCUAUCUUGAAAAGGUCACUGAGCACAGAGAAUGUAUCGUGUUUGCCGCAAAGCAAAUCAUUCCCAUCGGAUUAAUACAGCCGGCAAGUGCGACACUCUACGACUAUUACAAUCCAAGUACAAAAUGCACUAUAUUUUAUAAUGCUCCAGAACAAAACACCAUUGCUUUGAAGCUUUGCCAACAUGAUGUUUGCCAGUGUGCUGAAGGUCGUUGCCCUCGCAUGAAGAAAACAUUUUCUACAGAAUUGGCAGAAGACGCGCGGGUGCGGUUUGCCUGCUACAGCCCCAUUGUGGACUAUGCAUUUGUUGCCAACGUGUUACAAAUCGACACGAUAGGGAGCUUCCAAGUUUACAAAGUUGCCAUCACAAAGCGGAUCAAACUUGCCAGCGAUGAGAGCAUCCAGGUGAAUGAUAUCCGGCACUUCCUCAAAUCGACGGCGUGCCCUUUGAAACUGGAGCCUCUCAAAUCUUACCUCUUCAUGGGAAAGGACGGCCAGACCAAAGAUGAAAAUCACAACACACAGUACAUUCUGGAUUCAAAGUCUUGGGUUGAAGAGAUGCCGUCGCAAGAAAAAUGCAAGGGCACGAGACAGAGAAGGGUCUGCAAGGAAUUGGAUCAGUUCAUUGACGACCUUAAAACCACUGGAUGUCAAUUAUAAAGAAGGGCGUUAUGGACAUUUAUUUUGUCAUGUAACCUGCCAAACCACUGCACGCUUCAUUAUAACGUUCUCCAGAAUUUAAAAAAUGCACUAAAAGCUCAUCUCUGGAAGAAAUGCCUGUAUAUCGACGUAUUUGCAGCCCAGAAUUGUCUUGCUUCAACCAAUAAUGCCCCCUGUCAUAAUUCUUAAACUUCAUUGUGAUCUCUUCCUUGUCUAAUCUUCAUUACCAAAAGAAUCCAGCAGCGGGAGAUUGUUAAUCGUGUCACGAUGGAUCCUGUGUGGUACUGGCCAGGGGCUUUUGUUGCACGUAGAGUAUCCAAACAGUGCAGGUAUGUGUCAAAAUGAGUGUCACGCAGACAUCACCCACUAGGAAGAGGUUACUGAAGGAUUUGGUGGGAGUCAUAGAGCCAUAAAGCGCAGGUACAGAUGCUUUGAUCCAACCAGUCCAUGCCGAACAUACAUAAUCCCAAUCUAAACUAGUCCCACCUGCCUGCUCCUGGCUCAUAGCCCUCCAAGCCUGUCAUAUUCACGUACCCAUCCAAAUGCCUUUUAAGUGUUGUAACUGUGCCGAUAUCCACCACAUCCUCAGGAAGAUAGUCCCACAUGCAAACCAACCCCUUUGUAAAAGCGUUGCCCCUUCUCUCCUUUAAAUCUCUCUCCUCUCACCUGAAAGAAGUGUCCCCUGGUCUUGAAAUUCCCUUGGCCUAGGGAAAAGACAGCUACCAUUUACUCAAUCUAUACCAAUCUUUGUUUAAUGAACUUCUAGAAGAACGCUCCAGUGAAAAAGUCCCAGCCUAUUCAGCCUUUCUUUAUAACUCAAACCUUCCAUACCCAGCAGCAUCCUGGUAAAACUCUUCUGAACCUUCCCAGCUUAAAAAUAUCCUUCCUACAAUUGGGCGACCAGAACUGGACAUGAUAUUCCAAAAGAGGCCUCACCAAUGUUAUAUAUAACCUCAACAUGACUUCCCAGCUCCUAUGCUCCCAUUAAAUUUUAACGGUACAUUAGGUUAUGAUCCAUGUUUUCUUCCUUAGAAAUCAUUCAAAAUUUAUUGUUUAUCGCGUUCUUCCACUGUCUUAGAAAAAUCAAGCUGCAAAUAUUAUCGAGUUCAUCAUAAUUUUUCAAACUAGAUCUCAAAUGCAGACUUUAUAUUGCACUAGGUGGAAGCUUGACCAUUCUUUUCCCU